AUGUACUACUACCUCUCUUUCCUCCGCCCUCCACCCAGCUCGAUCGAUAUCGCCGUGCCCUCGGGAGGGAUCACGAUCACCCCGCAGAUCGCCAACGAUCUACGUACAGAGUGCGUGUCCCGUAUCACCUCUUCCUCCUCCUCCCACUCACCCGCCGGACCUUCUUCUUCAUCUUCACCUUUACCACCACUACCAGCGGCACCUACACUACUGACGACCUACCUCCCCCCCUCCUCGACGUACAAACCGAACCUCGUCCCCCUCCCCAAGGGGUGUCAAGUCGGGGACGUCUGGUACUUAGGUCUGACGGCCAACGCGGGUGACGGAAGAUCGCGAGUACCGCUACAAAGGGGAAGGAUCGUGGAUGUCUGGAGUCAGGGAAUCCGGAUUACUUCUUCUUCUCUUUCCACCUCUUCUGGAUCUACCUCAUUAUCGUCUUCAGAUUCAAAAUCGAAUGGACGGACCGACCUGAAAUCGAAAUCGAAAUUGAAGUCCUCGGGAUCCUCGAGACCUCUGAAAAAGGAAUACGAAGGACCUAAACAGACGAGGAUCUUUCGGAGUUGGGUGUUACCCCCGCUCCAGAGGAUACUGAGCGUUGUCGAGGAGACGAGCUUUGAUCUUGAUAAAAAAAUCUGGGAUUCGGGCUUGGCUCUUACCUCAUACAUCACACAACUGUCUUCCCCGGCGGCCUCCACCUCCUCACCGACCUCAACCCCUGUCGGUGCACCGCUACCGUUUCCAACCCCUUCAGACCUGAUCGACAGGCUGCAACGCCCUCGAGCUCGGAUUCUCGAGAUCGGUGCGGGUACAGGGUUGGUAGGGAUCGGACUGGCUGCGAGUGAGAUAGCCAGUCAGGCGGGGGUGAGGGUCAUGAUCACCGAUUUGCCUUCGGCCAUCCCGCUGAUCGAUGAGAAUAUCGAGCUUAAUCGAUCAUUGUGGCGCUCGAGAUCCGGGCAAGAGGAUGACGAGCCAAGGUUACGUUCGGGGGUCCUGGACUGGGACGAGGAAGUGCCAGAUUGGGUGUGGAGUUGGGACGAGCCUGAAGGGGCGGCCGAUGUGACCUAUAACACCGACUCGUUUCCAUCACUCAUAUCUACCCUUUCCCACCUCUUCGCCCCUCCCUCAAGAUUGCCAUUGAGCCCGGCCCCGCUCCUCUUGUUAGCCUACAAACAACGACACGCCGCCGAACGUACCCUCUGGCCCGCGUUGAAGGAGAUCGGGAUCGAACUGACGAAGUUUGGGACGAUCUCGGGACAUGAAGAGGACCUCGGGGUGGACGUUAUCACUGGGAGGGAUGAGGAGGAGGGGGAGGAGGUAAGGAGCGGGAUGGGCGGGACCGAGUUGUGGAUAGGCAGGAAGAAGGUGUAG